GCUGAGGAAACAGUUGCAAUGGCUAACAUGGUUUUUGUUGGUGUUAAGGUAGCUGCUGUUUCUCUACCACCAUUACCCAUUACAAACAAUGCUCUAACUUUCGAUUCCACCCAGAAGAGACACUUCCUUCCUCUGAAUUGCUCCCAAACCAAUAACAGAACAACCUCUUUCUCUUCUUCCUUCUCAAUCUCAUCAUCACCCCUUACAAACAAGGGUGGUUGUUCUGUGUUGCCGUGUCUCCCUCCUGCUUCGUCUGAAUCCUCAACCUCAUCAUUUUCCACUGCUAAACCCUCUACCCCUUUUCCUUCAACUAAGCUUUACGUCAGUGGGUUAUCAUUUCGUACCACUGAAGAAAGUUUGCGAAAUGCUUUUAAGAAUUUUGGUCAACUCGUGGAAGUCAAGCUGGUGAUGGAUAGAAUCGCAAAUAGACCAAGAGGGUUUGCUUUUCUUCGCUACGCAACUGAAGAAGAAUCUCAGAAGGCUAUUGAGGGAAUGCAUGGAAAGUUUUUGGAUGGCAGGGUCAUAUUUGUGGAAGUUGCCAAACCGAGAUCAGAGCUACCGCAGCGGAAAAGGGAAGGCACAAGAUUUUAAUACGAAGAUCCACAGUUUGUCCAUUGCAGUGUACUUGACCCUUUAUAAAACAUGUUGCUUAUGUUUAAAGUAUUGGCUUUAACACUUGACAAGAGUACUGAAUUGAUUGAAAUAUUGUCACUUUUUCGAUCAAAUUAAUGAGUGGAUAACAUUGUAUGGAGGUGAA